UGGUUUUUCUUUUUUGUUGUUGGCUGCUCUCAGCUGAAGCAGUCUGCUGGCAGAGGCUCAGAUUAUUGACUGCUCACACUCCCGCUACUGUCUCUGCCUUUACAACAACUACAACUACUUCUUCUCCUGCUUUAUUCAUGCUCAGCUUCACUUCCUGCCAGGUUGACCGUAUGGACGGCCGGCAGGCGACGACCAUGGAGCUGAAGCCGUGCGUCGAGUACCACGACCUCGAGGCCGCCGAGGCGCUCGUCAGCAUGAGCUUCUGGGGUCAAAGGUUGCACAAGCCCCGCCCACUGACGCCCACCUCCGACUCCUGCGACUCCAUCCACCUCCACCCGGAGGCGGCGGACGCUCCCAAAGACCUGAUCGCUCUGUCGUCACUGUGUAUGACUCCGCCUCACAGUCCGAGCUUCGCCGAGGCCACCGCCACCGCCACCGCUCUAAGCUCCGCCUCCAGACCAGUCUUACCCCGCCCUGGCUCCGCCCUCCUCAGCGACUCCCACACCUGCCUCCCCCGUCCCUCCUCCUCCUCCCCCCCUUCCUUCGCCUCAGAGACCUCAGCGCUCCCGCCUCAGACAGAGUUGGCGCCGCCCGGCAGAGCGAUGGUCACCAGCGUCAUCCGCCACACCGCCGACCGCCUUCCUCCUCCACCGCCGCCUCCCGCCGCCACCCAGCCGUCAGAAACCUCCUCGCCGCCUCAGCUGGGCCUCCCACAGACACUUCCAGAGGAGAAGGACGGACCUCCUGCGCCUCCCGACAGCCCGCCCUCUCCUCCCUCCCCGGCGUCGCCCCCCCACUCCUCCCCGGUCUCCUCCUCCCCGGUCUCCUCCUCCCCGGUCCUCUGCCAGGUGUUCCCGGUGAGCAGCCGGACGGGGAUGAUCUCCGCCUUCGUCCAGGCUCCGGUUCAGGUGCAGACUCCGGGCGGGCACAAGCCCAUCCUCCCCCAGUCUCCUUCCAGCUUCGCGCAGCCCCUCCUGGUGGGCUCCGCCGUGCCGCAGGGCACCGUGAUGUUCGUGGUCCCGCAGCCGGCCGUCUCCCAGCCGCCGCAGGGCCAGCAGACUGUCAUGACCCUGGGCAACACCAAGCUCCUCCCCCUGGCCCCGGCGCCCGUUUACAUGCCGACGGGAGCGAGCGGCGGCGCCUCGCAGGCCGACUUCUCCCGCAGACGGAAUUACGUCUGCAACUUCCCCGGCUGCAAGAAGACGUACUUCAAGAGCUCGCACCUGAAGGCUCACCUGCGCACGCACACAGGUGAGAAGCCGUUCAGCUGUCACUGGGAGGGCUGCGACAAAAAGUUCGCCCGCUCCGACGAGCUUUCCCGCCACCGCCGGACGCACACCGGCGAGAAGAAGUUCGUCUGCAGCGUGUGCGACCGGCGCUUCAUGCGCAGCGACCACCUGACCAAACACGCCCGGCGGCACAUGACCACCAAGAGGGCGUCCUCGUGGCCCGCCGACACCCGAGACCUCAACAAGGUGGCGCUGCCCAAGGGCCAAAACAGGAGCUCGCCACUUCCUGUCGGCGUCCUGGUUCCCGCCGCCAACUGACUCAGGAACCCG